CUUUCCUCAAUGUGUACCCCGGAUACGGUGGGAUACCACUCCUCGCGCUCACAAUGUUUUCCGCGACCUCCCGAUUUACAAAUGAAGUACUGUGUUUGCGCAUGUAGCUAUGCGAUGUCUGUGAAUCCUAAUUCAAAAGGAUUUCAGAACAGAAAUGUAGACUUUUAUUUUUCAUGCCUGUGAUUUUAUUUGUAUUUUUAAUCCAUAGUUCCAUUGGACAUACACUGGGGACAAGGCAACACUGUUCAGUAACGAUAUCAGCCAAACCAGGAAAUGUCCAAACACAGGGAAAGCAUCAUGUCACGAUCAGCGUUAACAAGGGAGCUCUUGGGCCAGUACAUCUCAGACACCCUCAGCCACAUUCACACAGUGAGGGAGUUCUGUGACAGGCAUUCCAAAUGGGCCCUUCAGAGGGAGACAGAACUGGAAAUGAUGAGGGACAUCAAGGAGAGGGCAGAGAGAAUUGACCUGAAGUUCGACCAUGUCCGUAAGUCGGCGACCAAGGCCAAGGCGUUUGGGGAGUUCGUAUGGAGCGGUCUGACCCAGGUGACUGCAGACAGUAGGCGUGAGGAGCUGGAGAAGGAGCUGGGAGCUGUACUAAAGGACACUCUGGGAGGCCUGGAGAAGCUGGAUUACUUCCUGAAUGCUGUGGAGUGUCUGGCGGUCACCUGUCUGUUGGUGUUUGAGGAGAACAGGUUCCUCUGUCUGCCUCAGGGGACGAGCCCUGCCAGUGUUCAGGCUGUCAUCAUUGCUGCCAGAAUGGCCUGCCCUCUCCUCAUCCAUUUUAAGAGGGAUGCUAAGGCUUUCUUUAUGCCCAGCCUCCUCAAUGUAGAGGUGCUGGCCUGCCAACUGGAUAGAUACAUACAAAUCAGCCAGGAGGUCUGUAAAAGGAUGGAGAAGGGAUUACAGAUCCGACCAGAGUCUGAGAAUAAACUUGGUAGCUACAUCAGUCAAAUGCUGUUUUGGAAAAAGAAGAAUGACAUCCCUGUGGUCAACCUUGGUGCUGAUGUGCGGGAAGAGUCCAUACAAAAUAUGCUGGACCAUUUGAAUCAGCUGAGUGAUAUCAGGAUGGACCAGAACCUCAGACUGACAUUCCUGUUCCAAGGGGCUGCUCAGCGCUUCAUUGGUCAGUUCAGCCAGUGCCGACCCAGAAUGGAGCAGUUUCUGACCGAGUUGGAGGAGAAUGCUGUGCAGCUGGACAGGAUGAAGCUGGGGGCUAAGAUCUCCAGUGUGGCAGGCAGCUCAGUGGGGGUGGCUGGAGGGAUCCUAACCAUCGUGGGCUUAGCCCUGACCCCUGUCACUGGUGGAGUGUCACUGGCCCUCACAAUUGCAGGGGCCAGCCUGGGGCUCACCAGUGGGGUCAACAGUAUAACCACUGGUAUCACAGAGAUGAAGGUCAAUAGCAUCCAUGAGAAGAAAGCCAGUGAAAUAUUUCAGAGUUUCAUGGAGGAUGUAGAGAGUCUUCAGGAGUGUCUGGAGGAUGUGGCCAGGAAUAUGGAGCCCAUCCUGGGGCAAAGCGGGGUGGAUGUCGUGCUGGGAGCAGGGAACGUGAUUUUCACAGCCGGGGCCAUCAGAAAAGGCAUCGACACCAUAAUAGACUGUGCCUCAGCUCUGAGUGUGAAGACCUUUGCAAAUGAAGAUCUGAUCGCAAGCGCUGGUAAGCUGGUGCUCCAGGAAGGCAAAGCAGCACGAAACCUACCCAAGCUAGCAGGGGACAUCCCGGACAUUGGACAGGUGGCCAAAGGCACCCCACUAGCACUCUCCAGCUCGGCGCGGGCUGGUUUUAUCACUCUCAACGCCCUCUUCAUUGGCCUGGAUGUCUUCUUCAUCUGUAAAGACAGCGUCAGCCUGGCCAAAGGCAGCAAGAGUGAGAGAUCCCAGCUCAUCCGUGCCAGAUCAGCAUUGUGGCGCACAGAGUUGGACUCCUGGCAGAGGAUCCAUGACUCGCUGUGUAGAGGAAUUUGGAAGUCCAGGAAGUGCCAGAGAAUCCUGGAGCAGCCAUUUUACCCUCUGGAGCAUAAUCUGAAAGAGAAAAAAUCAAUGUGUAUCACGCAGUAGGACAACAUCAAAUACUUACCAGUUUUAAGUUAGGGCCUCUCAAACAUACUGUACAGUGGCACAUGUAAUGUUCAACAGUCAAAAAUAGAUGGUGACACAAAGCACUUUUUCAAUUUGUAUGAAUCAUUCUAUACACGAGUCUAUAAAACAAAAAUAAGGUAAUUUGAUGAAAUGUAUUCAGUUUACUUGUUCAGAGUAGUCUGUUUAAUGUCAUGCCCUGUUUACAAUGAUGUGUUCAGUCAAUACUGAAAGUGAAAUAUAAUGUUUCUAUGAUUGUGAUUCUGAUUUGUACCUUCAUACACAGAAGACUCACAUUCCUCACUUCAGCAGUAGUUGAAGAUGUCUUGCUAACAGGCAAUGAAACAUGUUAGUACAAUUUAUUCUGAUGUUGACUUGUGUGGAAAUGUUAUGUCAUGUCUGGCCUUUUUUGUGUUAAUAAUAAUAAUAGGCCUACUUGCUGGUAUUCUGAAGGGGGAUAUAUAUAUAAGGUGGUCUUUGGCCUCCUCCAGGAUCGCUGUGGACAAUGUCCCUCUGGACCCCCUGGAGGGGAACCCCCCAAACUAGGCAUCUGCCACUCAUCUGCCUCUCGGCAUCCUUGCCCUGCCUCCUCACCGCCUCCUUGGUUCUCACCCACACCACAUCAAACACCCCUUCUGCCUAGGAUUCCAUGUCCCACAGCACUCUUCCUCGCCUCUCUCCGAUAAAGAGUAUUCGCAACCCUGAGACCUCAAAGAGAUUAACUGCUUGGCCUAAAUGAACAAACAGAAUAGCAUAGUUCUAUUUCAUUGCAUAUAUCUUUAAACAACCUUUUCUCACAGUAUAUAUUAUAGCUGUCAAUGAAAAUCACUCAUGACAUCACUACAAUCAUUGUAUUGAGACUGUCAGGACAGUUUAUCUGACUGCAGUGUUUUCACUUCCUAUUUCUAGUUGCCAGGAUAGAUAAAAAAAACUGACUUGGUUGAAAAUCAGAGCUUCCAUUUCCACCAUGACCUCAUCUGAAUCCACCGUUUAUCAUACUUAUAUGAUAUGGCAACACACAACCAGUGCCGCCAAAUAUAAUCCACUUUCAUCAGAACAAUGUAUACAACAGCUGUUUUCCCCGGUCCUCUCCCUCCCAUCUUGGGACAUCUUGUCUGAAUGGCUUACGGUCUAUAGCCAGAAGUCUGGCUGUGACACAGCCCCAAACAAUACUGUAUGGGAACAGCUUCUUUGUGCUUGAGGGAGACAAGCUUCUGGACACUGGCUCAGUGCCAGAUGAGUUGGGAGGGGUAGUUUCUGGACAGGGCCCUGGCGAUAACAAAACAGACUCACUUAUCAGUCACACAUCUCUGGCAAACAAGAUUGAAUGUAAGUGCUCACCCUUAGUAAAGAAUGAAGUUCAUAUGGCAUUAUGUUUGAAGAUCUCAAACAGCUACAUAUUAAUUAUUUGGCAAAUAAAAGCAUUGACUGGAAGAACACCUUCACAGUAGCUCAGCUUUGACCAGGUGUUUGAGGAGUAGACAGGUGACAUGCCUUGGAAGUCAUCUGGGACACAGAUCAGCAUAGACGGAUGUAGCUCUGCCCUCACCAACUACCCAGUAACCAUUCACUCAACCUGUAUACAGAAACAUCAAAUAUCUAAAUAUACCAGAAACCUAAAUUGCUAUUAACAAUAUAUACACUUCACAGAAGAGCAGAAUAGGAAUCAUUGACUCAUUUUGAUGACUUAUGCCUGCUUAGUGAUUAUUUUUCAGUGGGAGAAAAUACAAAAUAAAUGGAAACAAGAGCCA